ACCAGAAUGCAACAAGCUAUCUAGAAAGACAUUAGAAGUACUAUCACCAUAAACCACUUUUUUGUGAGAGACAAAACCACAGAGGAGAUCGAAAAAGCAGGUGAAAAAUGGAGUCCUGGAUUCGAGUUUUGAUCCUCGUGGCGUGCUUGUUUCCGGCAGUGGUUGAGUGCAGGGUUCGUCACUUCAAAUUCAAUGUGGUGAUGCGGAACACUUCCCGAUUGUGCUCAAGUAAGCCCAUUGUCACUGUCAAUGGACGCUUCCCAGGUCCUACUCUCUAUGCCAGAGAAGAUGAUACAGUCCUUGUCAAGGUCGUUAACCAUGUCACAUACAAUGUCUCUAUUCACUGGCAUGGUAUUAGGCAACUCCGAACAGGUUGGGCAGAUGGUCCAGCAUAUAUUACACAAUGCCCGAUCCAGCCGGGGCAAAGCUAUGUCUACAACUUCACCAUCACAGGCCAACGUGGGACACUUCUCUGGCAUGCACAUAUUUCGUGGCUUAGAGCAACCGUCCACGGUGGCAUAGUGGUGUUGCCCAAGCGUGGUGUGCCGUAUCCAUUUCCUAAACCCAACAAGGAAGUCGUUGUUAUAUUAGGUGAAUGGUGGAAAUCAGACACUGAAGCUGUGGUCAAUGAAGCCCUAAACUCGGGUUUGGCGCCAAAUGUCUCAGAUGCUCACACCAUCAAUGGCCAUCCAGGAUCCCUCUCCAAUUGUUCUACACAAGAUGGCUUCACUUUGAGUGUAGAAAGUGGCAAAUCCUACAUGCUACGAAUCAUCAACGCUGCGCUCAAUGAAGAACUAUUUUUCAAGAUUGCAGGCCACAAGCUCACCAUUGUUGAAGUUGACGCCGUCUACGUAAAACCCUUCAAAAUUGACACAAUUGUGAUAGCCCCAGGCCAAACCACCAAUGCCAUCAUCACAGCUGACCAAGGCUCCGGCAAGUACAUGAUUGCCGCCUCCCCAUUCAUGGACUCUCCUGUCGCUGUCGACAACUUGACAGCCACAGCCACAUUGCACUACUCAGGCACACUUUCUAGCUCCCCUGCCACCCUCACAAACCCUCCUCCCCAAAAUGCCACAGCAGUAGCCAACAAUUUCAUAACCUCUCUCAAAAGCCUUAACUCGAAAAAUUUUCCAGCCAAAGUCCCACUAACUGUUGAUCACUCCCUUUUCUUCACAGUUGGACUAGGGAUUAACCCGUGCCCUACUUGCAUAGCCGGUAAUGGAAGCCGGGUUGUGGCUGGUAUCAAUAAUGUCACCUUUGUCAUGCCAACCACAGCUCUCCUUCAAGCACAUUUCUUCAACAUAAAAGGAGUUUUCACCACAGACUUUCCCGGGAAUCCGCCUACCACUUUUAAUUACACUGGCGCUCCACCGCAGACCUUACAGACCAUAAAUGGGACCAAAGUUUAUAGGGUAUCUUACAAUGAUACGGUUCAAGUUGUGCUUCAAGAUACCGGUAUCAUAGCCCCUGAAAACCAUCCAAUCCAUUUGCAUGGCUUCAACUUCUUUGCUGUUGGUAGGGGACUAGGAAACUUCAAUCCGAAAAACGAUACUAAAAGUUUCAAUCUUGUUGAUCCUGUUGAGAGAAACACUAUUGGGGUACCCUCCGGUGGAUGGGUAGCGAUUAGAUUCCUAGCAGACAAUCCAGGAGUUUGGUUCCUCCAUUGCCAUUUGGAAGUGCACACAACAUGGGGACUGAAGAUGGCAUUCCUGGUGGACAAUGGCAAAGGCCCUAACGAGUCACUUUUACCACCUCCGAGCGAUCUUCCGAAAUGUUAGGACAACCAAAAGGAUCAUAUAUAAUUAAUUAUAUAACUAAACAGAUUGAUCUCAAGAAUACUAAAAGAAGAGAUGGCAAUACAUCGUUAUGAAGAAGAAAAAAGAGAGAAGGUAGAGCUAAUAAAGAGGCAAAAAAAGGGUGGGGGGGAGUGACAUAAGAUCUGAUUGUUUCUUGGUUGAGUAAAAGAAAAGAAUUUGCUCAAGCCGAUUUCAAUAAUUAUGCAAACUGUAAUUUUUUUGUGAUCUCUAUAAAAGUUCUGGUGAAUUUUACAUGUUCUAA